AAGAGGCCUCAAUCUUAAUGGACUAACCUGGUUGAAUAAAGGUUAAAAAAUGUGUGACAGGUAAAAACUGACACCUCCCUCAGUGUAUUACAGCCCAUCGGAGUUCAGGGCUCUGUCUGAAACAUCCUAUCUCCAAAGAAAAAGUCAAAUCCACUAUCAGUUAUGGCUCUGUCCAAAGGCCAAGGCUGAGCAGGCAGUGACUGAAACUGUACAACAGAUCACAGCGUCCUUCCUUGUGUGUUUGUGUGUGAACGCAGCCAAAGCAGUAACAUGCCUGCUGGGAUUCUUGUAGUGUUGUUGGUUUUGUCAUUUGGUGUUGAUGCUCAGUCAGAUGUGGAGAACAAGGCAGAAGAGUUUCUGAAAUCCUUCGAUGAAGAAGCCACACUUCGUGCGUACAAUUAUUCACUGGCAUCAUGGGCUUACAACACCAACAUCACCAAGGAGACGUCAGACAACCUGUCUAAAGAGUCUCAAAUGUGGGCGGAAUUCUACAAUAACAAAUCUGAAGAGUCCCAAAAUUAUAACAUUGACCAGAUCACCAACCCACAAAUCAAACUACAGCUCAUUGCUCUGCAGAACAAAGGCUCUGGAGCUCUGUCUGAGGACAAGGCUGCACACCUGAGAAAUGUCUUGGGUGAGAUGAGUACAAUCUACAGCACAGCAACAGUUUGCCUCCAGGACGACUGCCAUACUCUUGAGCCAGGGCUGGAAAAUAUAAUGGCCACAAGUAUAAAUUACAAUGAGCGUUUGCACGUGUGGGAGGGCUGGAGGACAAAGGUGGGGAAGAAGAUGAGACCUCUGUACGAGGACUACGUGGUUCUGAACAACGAAGCAGCAAAGCUGAACGGUUUUGAAGACUAUGGUGCAUACUGGAGAUAUAAUUAUGAGACUAUUGAGAAGGACGGUCGUUACAGUUACACCAGGGCUCAGCUGAUGGAAGACGUCCGUUCACUAUACAGAGACACGCUGCCUCUCUACAAACAGUUGCAUGCCUAUGUGAGGGCCAAGCUUAUGGAGGUCUACCCAGGCCUUAUUGACCCUAAAGGACCUCUGCCAGCCCACCUGCUUGGUGAUAUGUGGGGAAGAUUCUGGACCAACCUGUACCCACUGAUGAUCCCCUACCCUGACAAACCAAAUAUUGAUGUCAGUCAAACUAUGGUAGAACAGGGCUGGACCACACAUCGUUUUUUUGAAGAAGCAGAGAGGUUUUUCAUGUCGGUGGGCCUGUAUAAGAUGUUUGAUAACUUCUUGAAUAAUUCAAUGCUGGUGAAGCCCGAUGAUGGACGUAAGGUGGUCUGUCACCCCACAGCAUGGGACAUGGGGAACAGAGAAGACUUCAGAAUCAAGAUGUGCACCAAGGUCAACAUGGAUGAUUUCCUAACAGUUCAUCAUGAGAUGGGUCACAGCCAGUACCAGAUGGCAUAUCGAAACCUGUCAUAUCUCCUGAGGGACGGCGCAAAUGAGGGUUUCCAUGAAGCUGUUGGAGAAAUUAUGUCCCUCUCUGCUGCGACACCCAAACAUCUGCAGGGCCUAGGACUCCUACCUGAAGACUUUAUUUACGAUAGUGAUACGGAGAUCAACUUCUUGCUGAAGCAAGCGUUAACCAUUGUGGCCACGCUGCCUUUCACCUACAUGCUGGAGGAAUGGAGGUGGCAAGUGUUUUAUGGGGAAAUCACCAAGGACCAAUGGAUGAAACGUUGGUGGGAGAUGAAGAGGGAGCUGGUCGGGGUGGUGGAGCCACUACCAAGAGACGAGACCUACUGUGACCCACCUGCUCUCUUCCAUGUGUCUGGUGACUAUUCUUUCAUCAGGUACUUCACCAGAACCAUCUACCAGUUCCAGUUCCAAAAAGCGCUGUGUGAUGCCGCACUCCAUAAUGGCACCUUGUCUACAUGUAGUAUUAAUGGUUCUACAGAAGCAGGCAAAAAGUUAAGGGAAAUGCUGGAGCUAGGCAGGUCUAAACCCUGGACCCUGGCUUUGGAAAAAGUGUCUGGGGAGGUGAGGAUGAAUGCCAAACCACUACUGGAUUAUUUUGAUAAACUCCAUGUAUGGCUGAAAACAGAGAACAGUAAACACAAGCGGACUGUAGGCUGGGAGCCAUCAAUAGAUGCCAAUUCACCACAUGCCAUUAAAGUGAGGAUAAGUUUGAAGGCUGCCAUGGGAGCAGAUGCUUAUCCCUGGAAUGAUAACGAGUUCUACCUUUUCAAGACCAACAUUGCUUAUGCUAUGAGGCAGUACUACAGUCAAAAGAACCUGACUAUUCCCUUCAGUUCAGAAAAUGUUGUGAUUUACGAUAAGACUCCCAGAAUAUCUUUCUACAUGAUGGUUACAUAUCCGGCGAAUUCUUCCAGUUUCGUCUCAAAGGGAGACUUGGAGGCUGCUAUAAGGUUAUCCCGUGAUCGAAUCAACGAUGCCUUCCAACUAGAUGACUAUACCCUGGAGUUUGUGGGUAUCCCAGUGACGCUGGCCCCUCCUGUGGAGCAGCCUGUAAAGGUGUGGCUGGUGGUCUUCGGGAUCGUCAUGGGAGUUGUGGUGCUAACGGGGACCUACCUCAUCGUUUCAGGCAUCAGAGAGCGUAAGAAAAUGUCUGCAGCGACACGCACAGAGAACCCCUAUGAUACACAUAUUGAUGGACAGGUGAACAAAUCUUUUGAUGAGAGUGAUGAGGAACACACCGGAUUCUGAGCUCACUGCAGCCUCACAAGGACAAAAAGAACGUGUUCUACCAGCUGACUGUACAGGAUACUUGUAAUCAGUGUUCAACACCUGUACAGUGUCUUGCUACAUGGCAUUUAAUUCAUUUUUAUUUCUUUUUGCUUCCCUUACCCAAUAUUUCCAUAACUCUACUAUGUGUACAUUUAUCAGAACUGCAUUUUGUCAAAUUUCGUCCACAUUUAUUAAAAAUGUCUUUUUUAAAGUUUUUGUUGAUAAUUUAGAUACUUGAAUUCAAAAGUUAUAUUUUUGUCCUUUACGUAUCACUCUCUAUAAAAGACUGAUGGUCACA